AUGGAGGAAUUACCCUCAACGGGGAGAAAAAUAUACCAAGAAAACAUCGACAGCAGCAGCACCUACACUCUUGGUGGUCGGUCAACUGCGUCAUUGAGAGGUCAUGCUGCCCCAAUUUCAGGAGCUGGCUCUGCCGUUGCUCAGUCGGAGUUAGAUUUAUUCGCUGAUCCAUUUGCCAGUACCACUCCGGCUGGAAUAACAAUCAAUGCCCCUGCACAUCAAACCGGAGCCGAUAUUCCUCAACCAGAGCAUCGACCACCAGCAGAUACAGAUGCAGUAAGGUUGCCUGCUGCUGCCCCUAGACCUCAUCUGUACAAACGAAGAUGGUUUAUAGUCACUUCAAUCGUUGGUGCUUGUUUGGGUAUCGCGUUGCUUUUCGUCGUUCUGUUCCCUGUGCUCCGCACAAUCGUUCAGUAUGUGAUUAACCAAUCUACGUUGAAUAUUCAACAAGCGGCAAUAUUGUCACCGUCAAAUACGUCCUUCACUUUAGCAAUUCUAGGCGUCGUAUCUCAUACUGGUAUCUUCUCCGCCACAGUGGCCUUCUCGCAGCCAGUAAACGUGAGCUGGAUAAAUGGCAGUGUUGAUGUACCUCUCGGCUAUAUGUCGCUUUCGACCCUGCAUGCUUCCAAUAAACGGGCAACGAUCAACGAUACGACGACCUUUUACAUCACGGAUCAAAACGCCUUCGGCCGCUUCACAAGCUCAAUGAUUACAUCGCAAAAUUUCACUUGGAGAUUACAGAGUUCUAAUCUGAAUGUCCAGGCGAUGAAGUUCCCUACCGCGCAUGGUAUUUCAUUCAAUAAGCUGGUGACCAUCAAUGGCGCGAACAAUUUUGCUGGAAAUGUCAUUCUCAAGGAUAUGCAAUUACCCAGCGACAAUCCUGAGGGAGGCAUUGAUUUUGUGGCGGUCACGCAGUUGAACAAUACAAGCCCUUUCACACUGGGGCUGGGAACAGUAGUUUUUAACCUCGUGUACCAAAAUGUCUACCUUGGUACUGGAACGGGACUCAAUACGAACAUUGUGCCUGGUCCUAACAACAUCACGCUGAGCGGUAUUUUGAUACCCCAGACGACGCCCACCAACCUUGCGUCGGUCUCUUCGCCCGUAAUUGCAAUGGGCAAGUCAACACUGCAGCCAGAUGGCUCACAGAUAUCUUGGCUUAGCCAGGGUUUGGAAAGCCUUCAGCUAACAGUACCAUUCAAGUCAACCACGCCAAUCAACUCAAUUCGAGCUAUCAAGAUAGGGAGCAUGGCGCUCGCGUUCACCCCAGAGACGGCAUGGACUCCGCAAACGGAUAGCGCAACAGAAUUGCCUUUCGGGUUUGGGUUGUCUAUCGACCAGAUUCAGAAUGAGUUUACAAUUGUCAAAAACGGUUCGAAUGUGGCGGGUUUGAAUACGCCUCUGGGUGCAUCAACAUCUUCAAUCACUGUGCUGAGCCCGACAGACACUGAGGGCACCAUUAACAUUACCAUUUCAAAUAGUGUUUUGAACGCUACAGAUGCAGAGCAUGACAGUUUUGCCGCAUUUAACAUGGAACUCACAGAUUCUACCACGACCAAUUUCCUGCUGGUUGGCAAUUCUCGUGUGGUCGCGAACAUGAGCAUUGGUCAGAUUACUUUGGACCCUAUCAAGGUCAACGUGUCGACCAGCCUCAGUGGCCUGCAAGGUCUGAAGGGGUAUAUCACUAUUGGGGCUGUCGACGUUAUUGGCGGGACCCAGCAGGCCCUUAAUCUUAGCAUCGACGUGUCCAUCUAUAACCCUUCGAAUCUUGAUCUCGCUACUGGCGACCUCCAGCUCCAACUGCAACGCGGUGGUGCAAUCCUCGGAAUGGCACUGAUGCCCAAUCUGACACUGAGCAUGGGGAAUAACUCGGUUCAUUUGACAUCUGCUUUUGAUCCUAACAACUCACCCGAAGGAUUGCAAACACUUAGCCAGUUUGUUGGCGGUCAAGACGUGGAGCUUAAUAUCGUAGGCUACAGUGGGAGCACACAGGUCGCUUCUCUUCUGGAGGCUUUUGAAAGUAUGAACAUCACUGCCACACUCCCUGGUCUCAACUCCAGUCUUUUGUCGAUGGGUUCUUUGGAGAUCCUUCCUACCACUUUCGUUACGAAUAACAUCAGUCAGGUCACUGUAGCACUCGUCAAUCCUUUCACCGCAGGCUUUGACAUCACCAGUAUCUCAUCUAAUGUCACCUCGCAUGGCUUGCACCUUGGUUCCAUUAACACCGCGACGAGUUUUAACUCUGCAGGGAAAUCGACUUCGAAGUCUCCAGCUCUCAACAUGACCAUGAACUAUGAUCCGCCGACACUCUUCACACUGACUCGCGUGCUCGCCGUGCAGGCAGGCUUGGAUCCUACACAACUGGACGGCAUCGUAGCUCUUGGGGAUUAUCGGUAUGUGACUGCCACGACAGUGGACUCUGAGCCAGUUCCUCAACAACAACGGAGAGAUAACAUGUACACGGGAUUCAAUCUGCCAAAUUUUGUUGACCAAGCGUUCAAGCAGUUAAAGAGUGACAUAGAGCUAUCUGCACAGCUUACAAUUGGGAACUACGCGACGACACUCAGUUACACUCAGACUGAUGUCCCCAUUUCUACGGACAGCAGCCUUAACUUAAUCUUACCUAUCUUGGCGAAACCUAUCGUUCAGAAGGUCGUUGGUGGCAGUAUCCUGGGUGUGGAAUCUGUUCUCAUCACUAACCCUCAGGAGACGAUGUUUGGGACACAAUUGAAUGGAAGCAUCACGAACGCCGGGCCUUUCGAUGCGACAAUCACGUUCAACAACGGACUCACUGUUUCGUGGGGCGGUCAGCUGAUUGGCAUGAUGAAGAUGGAUCCCGUUAACGUCGUCGGUGAUGUCGGAGCUACUCUCGACAUGCAAACUACGUUUGAAGUUGCCAACACAGCUUAUUUGGCCAAUUUUACUAAGGUCAUGCUAAAUAGUGAAUUGUUUGAAUGGGACAUUUCUGGCGAUAACCUGACUGGUAUCGAAGUAUCCGGCAUCUCUCUUCCUUCCAAAGUGGUCACCUUAGAGGGUUUCAAUGGUCUUAAGAAUGGUGUGGUUAUCAAUUCCUUCGACCUCCCAUCCAACGACCCUGCUGGUGGAAUCCAUCUGACGAUUGAUUCAGAGGUCAUCAAUCCUUCUCAAGUUGGCAUUGAACUCAGCUCCAUUGCAUUCAAUACCUAUGCCAACGGCAUUGAGAUAGCUCCAGUCUCUUCAACUUUGACUAUUACGCUAGUGCCGAAUUCAACUUCAUCACUUGGUCUAGUUGGUCGGCUCAUUCCGCAGAACUCUUCAGAAGGGCUUGCAACUGUUUCUGCUAUUUUCAACAACUAUAUUCAUGGCAUGGACAGUCAGGUCACCGUCUAUGGCGCUAGUGCUGGUCUGAGCGAUGUCACUUGGCUAAAUGAAGGUAUACAAACCCUUCAAGUAGUGACAUCGCUACCGAACAAAGGAAAACUUGACAUCAUCCAGUCGAUUAAUCUGGAACAGCUGUCUCUCAUGUUCACCGAGGCUACAGCAUACAAUCCAAUGUCAGGCAGUAAUCUGACUACUGCUGCGUUCACUCUGCCUUUCACUUUCCCAAUCGAUAUCACGGCGCUUGCGCAGAAUAUUACUGCUGGAUAUGAUGGCCAAUCUUUUGCUGAACUGGUUAUCCCAUGGGGCCCCAGCACGACUGACGUUCAGAAUCGUAUAAUUUACUUGACAUUUAGCGAUGUUCUGUUUGCUGUGUAUUCUGAGCAGCAUGAGACUUUCCAGAGUUUCGUGGCUGCUAUGACGCUGGGAUCUUUGCAAAUGUUGACGCUGUCGGGUGUUGCGAACACUGAUGCCUCUACGGCCGUUGGUGUGUUGUCUCUAGUGGACAUCGAGUUCUCUGUGCAAUCUACGAUCGUGGGAUUGCAAGGGCUCAAGGCGAAACCUGCCUCCGUUGCCAAUCUGGACAUCAACCACGGAUAUUCGGAUUACCUGCUGAUUACAGUGGACACCUCACUUUUCAACCCGAGCAACCUGACGAUCGGUACUGGCGAUGUUGCGUUUGCAUUGCAGUUUGAAAAUCAAGUUAUUGGUUCUGCCGAUUUGAGCAACAUGAUCACCCAGCCUGGGAAUUUAUCCUAUCCUACUGACGUCCAUUACUCCCCUCAAGGAGCUGCGCAAACAGCAGCAGGACAAACGAUGCUCGAGAACUACCUUCAGGGCCUCGAUUUGCAAACAACCAUUAUGGGGACCUCCAGUUCCACUUCAAUUGGCUCUUUGGAACCAGCUCUCGCACAGAUCAAUUUGUCACCAGUGACUAUCCCAGCCCUGCAUCAGAACCUUAUCGGCAGUGCCUCCCUCGAGUUUCCAAUUGAUAUCGUUCAAACUGGUGUGGCCUCAAUGACUUUCACUUUGGCAAAUCCGUUCUCGGCCAGCAUCAAUCUGCUCGAAGUCACUGCAAUCGCGACUUACCAUAACCUGACCCUUGGUGCUAUCAAUCAUGUUGAUUUGUCUUCAAACCCAAUCCAUGCUAAUGGACAUUCCAAUAUUACGUCACCUGUCCUUCCGUUCAACUUCAACCUUGACCUGUUGACCAUCAUUGGGUUGAUUACCACUUCCGCUCAAGAGCACAGUGUCGACCUUGGUCCUCUGACGAGUUUAUUCCAGCUGGUUAUUGAUAACCCGAGCCAUCUGUAUGAUCACAACAUCUCUCCAGGUUUAGAGUUUUCUGAUGUAAAAAACACUAGCGGAAACCAAUUCGACAUCGACGACGCCAUUUUGAACGCGUUGAAAGGUUUACAAGUCACACUUGCAGUAGAUUCUUCCAUAAAACUUGAUGAUUACGCAAUAAAUCUUGCCUUCAAUCAAUAUGGAGUUUUGGCUAUUAUGGACAAGACGUCAUUGUAUCUGAUCGGUGCGGUGGGUGGUCCUAUUACCCAAAACCUUGUCAAUGGUGCUACACUAGCUUUCAACCAAGCAAACAUCACGUACAUCACAAAUGAGGGCUUCCAGCUCUCCUUGCAAGGGUCCUUGACCAACGUUGGCCCUCUAGAUGCUCUGAUCGAGUUUGUUGACCCAGUGACGGUAAUGUGGCAAGGCCAUGAUAUUGCAAUGAUUGCACUGCCUCCAGUGUGUGCUGCCGCGAAUACCAGGGUACCAAAUUAUAACACGCAAGGCCAGCUAGUAAUCACCGACCAAGUCCAGUUCACCUCAUUUGCGACAUAUUUGCUACACAAUCCAAGUUUUGAUUGGACGAUUUCUACUUCCUCCCUCAAGUUAACCGCUCUGGGAACAAUCUUUAAUGGAGUCUUGAUGUCAAAAACGGUCACCUUGAAAGCAUUUAAUGGUCUCCCAGGCGUCACGAUCAGUAACUUCCAACUCCCCUCCGACGAUCCAGCUGGGGGAAUUACGAUAUCGACAGACUGUCAUUCCUUCCCUGCUCAACUUGGCAUCGGCCUUGGAAAUGUUGGAUUUCAAGCCUACUUCGAGAAUACUCACAUUGGACCACUUACCGCUAGUGACCUCAUCCUCCCACCCGAGUCGUCAGUGACAUCCCACCUCAGUGGACAAAUGAUACCUCAAAGUGGCUCUGGUCUGAGUACUAUCAGCAAAUUAUUCUCAGAAUAUCUAGCUGCGGACAAUAUCAUGCUGAAUGUUCAAGGCGACACUGUUCAGCCACCAGGUGCAAAUGGACCAGUAACUUGGCUCAGUACCGCCUUUAAGACUCUCACACUCGAUGUCAUUUUGCCUGGAAAGAAGUUUGACAUUAUCCAAUCCAUCGUACUCUCGGAUUUGAGCUUGACAAUGCAGAGCCAGGACCAAGCAUAUUCUCCGUUGUCAGGUUCCAAUAACACCGUGGCACAAUACAAGAAUCCCUUCAGUUUCUCAUUACAAGUUAUUCAGUCUACCAUUAACAUGGACCUUGACUAUGGAGGUACAGCUGCCGCUCAGCUAAACCUUCCUCAAUCCGACAACAUUGGAGGGGUAUCGACUGGGAAUCUCGCUGUCUUGCCAAUCAGUUUCCACAAUGUCCCAUUAACUUCAGUCAACAACGGCGCCUUUGAAGCCAUGUUUUCUCAAGUGACGGACAAGGUUUCGGCAGACCUAGAAUUGAGCAGAACCACUGAUGUGACCGCCAAGACUGCCAUUGGCGAUGUUCCUAUCUCAGGAAAUGCUUUUGAUGUCCCUUCAAGCCUAACUGGUGAUAAGGCAAUAAUAACCAACAUCUCGAUUUCUGGCAGUGGUGGGAAUGGUGGGAAUCAAUAUAUCAUCUCGCCCCUCACGUCUUCGAUGAACAACCUGUCUAACAUCUCGCUUGACAUGGUUGAUAUCGCCCUGCCAGUGUACUACCAAGAUCUCUUCAACUUGGUUCCAGGAGAAAAUACAAUUCCAGGAGAGUUCCAUUAUGAGCCGGUCACAACGGCAAAUCUGAAUGAUACCAUAGCUGAGGUGUUCCUCACCAGCUUCCUGCAAACCGGCAAUAGCCUUCCAGUUACUAUUCAAGGAGAUUCUGCGAGUACACCAUUUGCAUCACUCCAGCCGGCACUUGAAGGCGUGACUUUGACAAGUAGUGUCACAGGCUUGAAUGUCGAUAUGAUCAUCUCCCACUUAUACCCUGAAAUCACCCUAGCCACACUCGUAACUGAUGAAAUCAAUCUCAGCUUCGAUGUUACAAACCCUCUCGAUACUGAACUCGAGAUCUCAUUUGUGCAGGCUGAUGGCUUGAUCAAUGGAGAAAUUUAUGCGCAUUUAGACCAGGCAUUCAGCUCAUUUGUAAUCCCUCCAAAGCAGACUGUCAACAGUGGAAAGUUUGGAAAUGUUAAGCUAGUCAAGGGUGCACUUGCGUCCCUGCCCAUCAUUCCAUUGGGCUAUUUGGACAUCCAAAGUGUAGUAACGACGAGGGUGGGCAGUGGCAGAUACCAAAUUCCAUGGCUCCAUAUCAAUCAAAACCAUGUCACUGCCUCGUAUGAUCUCGGCCUCAGUCUCACUGUCUUCUUAGAUAGAUGA